AUGAACGGAGUUGUGCUGUUGUCAGUUGCAAGUUUGGCAUCAGCAGAGGAUAAAUGGGUUUGGUCAGACAAAUUACAAGAUCGUUCUGAUGAUGCACCCAGAAAACACAAUUCCCCAACCAGUGGAACCAAAACAGAUAAAAGGAAACCAUUGCAAGACGAAUUGGAUGAUUUGGAAAAUGAUCGACAAGGCCCUAAUAUUUACGAUCCACGUUACCAAGUAUCAGAAGGAGGGCCAAAUAGGUUUCCUUUGCCGCAAGGCGGUAAUCGAUAUCCUGUAGGAGGAAUAAGGGGCCCCAUCAGACCUGUUUUGGUAGGACCUUCAGUUGGAAGCGGUUCAUACCCCCAGCAACAAUAUCCUGGUGGUUUUGGAGGAAUUCCGCAAAGACCCUUAGGCCCUAAUAGAUUACCACCUGGUUUUGAAUAUCCAGGAAACGGCUAUGCCGGGAUUGGCAACGGGGCUGGUUAUGGUGCCGGUUACGGAGGAGCUGGUUAUGGAGGCGCUGGUUACGGAGGAGCUGGUUACGGAGGCGCUAGUUAUGGCGGCGCUGGUUAUGGAGGUGUAGGUUAUGGCAAUGGAAUUGGACGCCCCAGUUAUGGAGGAGGAAUUUAUGGCGGGGGAAACUAUGGAGGAGGAAACUAUGGAGGUGGAAACUAUGGCAGUGGAUAUGGUAACAGAUUUGGUGGUGCCCCGCAAGGAAAUCCUGCUAACGGUGUCUUAGUAGGUCCAGGCGGCCCAACCGGAAUUAUUGGCCGCCCACCAUACCGACGUCUAGGCGUGAACGGUUUAGUUUCUAGACCAGGAGGUGCAUAUCCGAAUAGAGGUGUCUUAGUAGGUCCAGGUGGCCCAUUCGAUAAUAUAUCAUCGCUUAAUAGAGGUUCGCAUAAAAGCGUGCUUGUGGGUCCUGCUGGUCCAUAUGACAAUGUUAGAAAUUUUAAUAGAGUUCCAAACGUGAACAGAGGCGUUUUAGUAGGCCCUGAUGGACCCUACGAUAAUGUUUUGCCAGUUGGUAGAAAACCACCUACUUAUCUACUUGGAUUUUAUCCCCAUCACGACGAGGAUGAGCCGCAAAAAUCAGCUUAA